AUGGCUGCGAUAGAACUGCACACCUCCAUGUUUCAAAAGGAACCUAUAUUCACGUACUGCAGUGCAGACCUGGACACGCCAGUGCUGACGGUGCACCAGACCAUCAGCGACGUGCGCGGCAGCUACUACCAGGAGAAGACCGUCUUCCUGCGCUGCACCGUCAACUCCAACCCCCCGGCGCGCUUCAUCUGGAAACGAGGGAACACGCCCAUCGAGCAGAGCAAGGACAACGGAGUGGACAUCUACGAGCCUCUGUACACACAGGGUGAGACCAAGGUGCUGAAGCUGAAGAACCUGAGGCUCAAGGAUUUCGCCAACUACACCUGCCAGGUGUCCGUCCGCAACGUGUGCAACAUCGAGGACAAGUCCGUCACCUUCCGCCUCACCAAUGGAACCACCGCCCCGGCCCUGCGGCUGUCCGUCAACGAGACGUUGGUGGUGGACCCCGGGCGUGACGUCACCAUGAACUGCGAGGUGAUAUCGGGCUUCCCCCGGCCCACCGUCACCUGGUCCCGCUACCCGGGCGCCCUGCCGCUCAGCGCCCAGGUGCGGGGCAGCGCCCUGGUGCUGCGCGCCGUCACCCCCGCCGACGCCGGCUUCUACAACUGCACGGCGGUCAACAACGUGGGGAACCCCGCCCGCCGCAACGUCAACCUGGUGGUCCGCUACCCUCCCAUGCUGGACCCCGUGUUCCAGGACGUCCGCUCCAGGAACUACCAGUUUGUGACGCUGCGCUGCGGGGUGCUGCGCUCCAGCCCCCCGAGGCUCACCAACGUACGAUGGUACCGCAACGGGGAGCUGGUCCGCAUGCCGCUGGACCCCAAGGACGUGCCGGAGUACAAGUUCAAGCUGGAGCCCAGCAACAACGGCUCGUACGAGUGCCGCGUCAGCAACGCCGCAGGCACCUCGGCCUGCACCUUCGACGUCUCUGCGAGGCCGUAUGAUGCUGAGUUCUACUUCGACACGCCCAACCCCAUCCGCAUCCUGAAGGGGAACAACUACUCCUUCAACCUGCAGUGGACUCAGAGGGACCCGGAGGCCACCGACCGCAUCAUAGGCUACUGGAUCAACGUCCGCAAGAACAAGCAGAACCUGCUCUCCAAGCAGGUCGACCUGAAGGGCGUCGAGCCCGUGAAGGGGGUCCUGCAGUCCUACGCCAUCGCCGACCUGCGGAUCCCCCUCUCCUACGAGGUCCGCCUGGCCCCCAUCACCACCUACAGCAUCGGAGACUACGUCAGCCGCACCAUACAGUACUCUGAACCCUACACAUACCCAAGAUCAUCAGACCACGUGUGCGGCUUUGAGGAUGAACGGAUAUGUGGAUUCUCUCAGGACAGGACAGACAUGUUUGAUUGGACGAGACAAAACCGCCUGACCCAGAAUCCUAAGCGAUCGCCCAACACUGGCCCAGAGACGGACCGCAGUGGAACCAAAGAGGGUUACUACAUGUACAUCGAAGCAUCGCGGCCCCGGGCCCCCGGAGACAAGGCGCGCCUCCUGUCCCCUCUGUUUAACGUGACGUCGGUGAAGGGGCCCAAGGGCUCUGGAAGGGUCCCCUACUGUGUGUCCUUCUAUUACCACAUGAAGGGCAAACACAUUGGAACCCUCAAUGUGCUGCUGAGAGUGAGGAGCAUAGCGUACGUGGACUCGGUAGCCUGGUCCAAGUCUAGCCACCAGGGACCAGACUGGAAGAAGGCCCUGUUUGACAUCAGCCCCAGCGGACCCUUCCAGAUAAUGUUUGAGGGAAUCCGGGACGUGGGCUAUGAAGGGGACAUCGCCAUCGAUGACGUGUCCAUCACCAAAGGAAAGUGCAAGCAAGACAAUUCUGUGGCCAACUCAGUUCUGAUUGGGGGUUCCGCUAAACUGCACCCGCAACUAUUGGGCAGCUGGACGACCUUUGCUCUCCUCUGCUUCCUGCACUACAGAUGAUGAGUAAUGGUCGAUCAACUGACAGACUGUCUCGAGUGGCGCUCUUAUCCUUCCCGAGCCACCGCCAGUGUCCUUUCUUAACCCCCCCCCCCCCCCCCCCCCCCCUUCUUCGUCUCCAUUCAUUUAACAAUCCAUUCACUCCUCCCCCUUCACUCUUUCAUCAUUUCAUUCCCUUCUCUUCCAUUCCUUCUCCCCUUUCAUCCAUCCUUUGUCUGUCCAUCGAUAACAAAUAUUUAGAUAUGAUUUAUAAAUGCUUAUUGUUCAACGUUCUGCCAUCAGUCCGUCUAGACCGCACGCGCGCCCACAUUGUACCGUCAUCGGCGGCUGACAUGGUGUAUAUUAUAUUUAUAAACAUACGUAUAUGCUAUACGGCAGUGAGACCGUACCAUGCACUUCCCCCUCCCCCGCCCCUUGCUUCCUUCAACUCAAUUCCCUGAUCUUCACGUUCCUACGAUUCAUUCAACCCCCCCAGCGCUCCCCCCCCCCCC